UUGGUUGCCUAGCAUUUGAAUCGUUGCCAGGCGAGAAACCCUUUAUGUUUACCCGGCAAAGCAGGCCCUUUUACUUAGUCUAAGUAUUUAUUAAAAUAAAAAAACAUAAGUAAAUUAUUUUUGUUCGUUAAAACACUGACAAAAAAUAUGAAUCAAAACGAGAACUUUCGUUUAAGAGGCAAAGGACCUUGUCCAGCCGAAACAACGGAGACUCAACGAAGUUUCGGGCCUCCCUACAGGAAUAAAAAACUGAUUACACGGGCCAAUCGCAUGGAGCAAUUCUUGUGGAAAGAGUUCUUCGAUGAGUACAAUCGACAGAGCUCUGCCAAGACUGAUUUGGGGCCCGACCAUACCGAGUACUUUGAGCAGUACUGCAAGGACAAGCCUGCCGAGGAUGAGGAGCGUAAGGAGGUUCGGGUCAACAAGUAUCCACUGUAUUGCACCACAGCAAUAACCGUAUGGAAUCAUGAGGGCGACAUUACAAAGACCUUCAAAACCAAGUACACCGUUUCCAGGCCCCUUGCCGAAUGCACCGAGAAGUUUGCUCCCUAAUUAUUAAAAAACAAAUUAUGUAGUUCUUUAAUUUUAAUGUUUAAUGCCAAAAACGAAGCUGAAUAUACAGUUACAAACAAUUCAAAUAAUGAAAUCGAUCAUUUAUUUCAGGA